AUGAACAAGGAUGAGGCGCUUGUCACGACAACCGUUCCAGAUUAUCACGAUGGACUACGGGAGAAGACGGAGAGACGCAAGGAUGACACUCUCCCCUCUGGUUCCUCAAGUAGUGGCGGGUUCCAACGCUACAUAAACCAACUCGCCAUCAACAACUUUGGCUUCACACUCCAAGUAGCAUGGGAAGCUGUUGGCUUGUCAUUCCAGCUUGCAUGGCUCAAUGGUGGCCCUGCCGCGCUUGUCUGGGGGUCUAUGAUCGCUGGCGUCGGCUCUACCCUCGUUGCUACAGCUUUGGGGGAGAUGGCCUCCAUGGACCCCACCGUAGGUGCACAGUACAGAUGGUCGGCGCGCUUCGCUUCAUUCGCUCCCGAAUUCUGGGGGUUUAUUCAGGGCUGGAUCACAGUCAUUGCCUGGAUUUGCAGCUGCGCCGGUGCCUUCUCCUUCAUGUCGAAUACUUUAUCCGGCUUGAUCAUCUUUAACAGCCCAAGCUACGAACCAAAGGCCUGGCACUCGACGGUGUUCCUGAUCGCCUUCCUCAUUGUUCCGCUGGUUCUCAACCUCUACUUGCGAAAAAUCAUCAACUAUCUGGAAACGAUCGGUGGCAUUUUCCACGUUGUCUUCUUCGUUGCCAUCGUUGCGACACUCUGCACGCUUGCGAAGCGCAGUACACCCGAAUACGUCUUCAUGACCUUGCACACAGACGCCGGUUGGGAAAAUCCCGGUGUCGCAUUCUCUAUUGGCAUGCUCGCUGUGGCAUAUCCCAUUAGCAGUUUUGAUGGUGUCCUCCACAUGAUCGAGGAGACCAAAGAACCUCGCAAGCGGGUACCCAAAGCUAUGAUCUUGGCAACCUCUCUGAACGCAGUCAUGAUGGUCGCCUUCUGUAUCUGCUUGAUGUUCUGCAUUGGUGAUGAAGAAGCCGUCGCGAAAUCGAUCUUGCCGAUUACGGAGGUCUUCUACUCCGCAUCCAUCCGACGCUCCAAGUUCCAAUACCCGCACUCUUCCUAG